AGAGAAAGUGAAAGAUGUGAGGUUUUUUUCCGUUUCCCUAAGGACAGGAAGAAGAGAUCAGCUUGGGUUAGAGCCAUAAAUAGGGAUGAUUGGACUCCUAAUGAGUACAGCAGAGUGUGUUCCGAACAUUUCGUGGGGUCAUGGUAUAGUGACGACCCUGCAGACGAAAACUAUCGCCCAACAUUAUUCGAUUACAAAGUUAAGCCACAUUCGGAGUCAAAGACUGGCCGCAAUGACAGACACAGCAAAAGAAAUUUACUUCAGGAGUUGAAUGAGCAAGAGGAAAGAGAAACGCACACUCUACAGCAACAUCACAGGUUUAGUCUGUUUUCACACAGCUACUGUCACAUAGAAUCAACAAGUGAAGAUGCUCCACCCGUUCAAGAAAGGCCAUGCAUGACUUGCCUACUGAUGAUGUUGGAAGAAAAAGGUAUGCAGUGUGAAACAGACCCUUUGUUGACAGAAAAUGAAUCAUUGAAGCAACAGGUGAAAGAGCUCCAGAAAGAAAUGGAGUUUCCAGAGAAUUGCGAAUGAUAACAAGACCCGCUUUUAUACUGGACUUCCCUCAUUUGCUGUGUCCAUGUGGCUUUUCAAUUUUCUACGGCCAAAGGCAGAAAAAAUGAAGUAUUGGUCAGGACCAAGCACAGAUAAGUCUUCCGACCGCAAGGGAGCUUCAGCGGGUUCAUUAGAUUUGAUUGAUCAGCUGUUUGCAGCUCUCAUUAGACUUAGGGUUG